AUGAAUGACUAAAUCUUUUAAGAAAUGAAAUCCUACAUUCAUCAAAGUUCCCUAGCUUUAAUAGCAGAAUAUCGAUUAUUAUACUUAAAUUGCCAAUAGUUAGCUUUUAUAAUAGACUAGUCCAUCACAUUGACAAUUAAAUUAAUAGAGGAUGAUAUGGAUUCAAAAUAACGCUUUGAAGAGUUCGCUAAGGCUAACAUGUAUUUUUAAUGUCGAUAUAGUGGGAGACACAAUUUUUCUCGACUGGAAUACAUUCAUCUAAACCCUAUGCCUAUAGUUUUGAUAAAAGUCUCAAGUUUUUCUCAUAGAAGCUGCCACUCUAUGAAUACUUUUAAUGUAUUCUCUCAUAAGGAUUUCAAAGAGAAGUUCUCUGAUCUAUUGGAUAAUAUAAUAAUAAUGGAGUUCUCUCCUAUUAUCGAUAAUUAAGGUAUAAUCCAAGUCAAAAAAGCCUUCAAUUCGUAUGCAACAAAAACAGAAGGAGUUACGGUAGAAGUCAAAGAAAGUUCGAUACGUUGGCAAGUCAAAAACUAGGAGGAUUAUGCUCAAAAACUAAUUCAGGAUCUUUAAGAAGAUUUAUAAACCAUAGUUGUAUGA